AUGUACUGGUAUCAUGUUGCUCAAACAGCUCAGAUAGAGGUCAACCCAGCCAGAGAAGAAACCAGGGCCUUGCGCCGCAAACUCAAUGACUUGCUGAACGAGAACAAAAACCCUGAAAGUGAAAAUGAACAGCAAAGCCCGUCAAAAAAGCAGGAGCUGAUGGGCACUAGUAGUCAACUUCAAAGAAAUAUCAAGCUUGUCAAACAGCUUGGACAGAAGUACCUUUUAACAUCACUGCUGUGGAUGCAUGAUCCUAUCACUACAUUCAAAACACCCCUUGACGACGAAUAUGAUCCACUUUUCAGGUUUGAGAAUACUGAUAAAAAGGUUCAAGGUCAGCUACAUGGGAUACAUGAGAUCAUACCUCGUGAAUUGCGAGAAAUCAUAAGCCAGGACUGGUUCAUCUCUGCAGUAAUAUCCUGCAUCGUCCAAGGACCUGGUUCAAUAUUUUCAACAAGAAAGGGGACACCUUAUGAUGGAGCACAAAGCACUGAGACAUUGAAUGUUCAAUGGGGCCUCCAGCAUACAACUCCAGGAAUGAUAGCGUCUGCUGCUGUUUUGGUGCCGUUCCCAAACACCAAAAGUGGUCUUGGAGGCCAAUUAGAUAAUGAAGACCGGUCUGAAGAAAUGCAGGAAGUAAUGGGUGCUUUAAAAGAAAACACUGAAAAGCUGCCUCUGGAUAAUGAAGAGCAAGAUGACAGAGGGAUCAAUGGGGAAGAUGUACCAGUUUGGCAAUAUGGCAACAAUGAUUUUGAGUUUGGUGUAGGAGGGAGCCAAAGGGAGGGGAAAGUCUGA